AGUUGUUUCGAAAAAUAAAACAAACAAAAAGUGUCAGUUUUUGAAUUCACAUAUUUUCCAAAAAAAUCUAUAACCCAUAAAUAAAAUGGAGCACACGGAGUUCCGCGUCAAAGCUAAAGAGAUGGUAGACUACAUAGCUGAUUACCUGGAGAACAUUCGAGACCGUCGCGUGUACCCCAGCGUGCAGCCAGGCUACCUCCACAAGCUGCUGCCGAAGGAAGCCCCCCAGACUCCUGAGCGAUGGGACGAUAUCUUCAAGGAUGUUGAUGAGCAUAUUAUGCCGGGGUUGGUGCACUGGCAGAGCCCCCACAUGCACGCGUACUUCCCCGCGCUCACCUCAUACCCCUCCAUCAUGGGGGAAAUGCUGUCCAGCGCCCUCAACGUGCUGUGCUUUACUUGGGCCUCAUCUCCCGCGGGUACUGAGUUGGAGACUAUAGCUAUGAACUGGCUCGGCAAGCUGCUGGGGCUACCGGACUGCUUCCUCAACGAAAAGAAUGACAGCCCAGGCGGUGGAGUGAUACAGACAACAGCGAGUGAAGCGACCCUAGUAAGUCUACUAGCAGCGCGCACUAGGGCACUGAUGGAACUCUCCAAGCUGAACCCUGAGGUGCAGUCAGCUGAAUUGCUGGGACAUCUGAUAUGUUACUGUUCAGACCAGGCUCAUUCUUCGGUGGAGAAGGCUGGACUUAUUGGUUUGGUCCGUAUGCGCUACAUCGAGUCGGAUGAGAACCAGAGCAUGCGAGGAGACCAGCUAGACAAAGCCAUCGCCAGCGACAAGGAAAAGGGACUCGUACCAUUCUGGGUAUGCGCGACACUCGGCACAACAGGCUCGGUAGCCUUCGACAAUCUUCGUGAGAUCGGCCAGGUGUGUGAGAAGCACGGAGCCUGGUUGCAUGUCGAUGCUGCGUAUGCUGGCAGUGCAUUCACUUGUCCUGAGUACAGGCACUGGCUCGAUGGCAUUGAGAUGGCUGAUUCCUUCGCCUUCAAUCCUUCUAAAUGGCUGAUGGUCAACUUCGAUUGUACUGCUAUGUGGGUAAAAGACAGCACAGCUCUUCACAGGACUUUCAACGUGAACCCAAUUUAUUUGAGGCACGAGAAUUCAGGAAAAGCAAUUGACUACAUGGUCGGUGACAGAAAGUCAUACUACAAGAAAAACCCACUGAGGAAGAUAAACAAUAUCCUAAAAGGUACAGCCAACCCAACAAUCACCGUAAACGGUGAUGAAGCAACAAACGGUGAUGAAAUAAUCACCAAAUCCGACAAACCAAAGAUUGAAAAAGAUAUCAAUGGGAAUAUAGAAAACGGUGAUGUCGGAAAAGAUGAUGAUUUGUACGAAGAUGAUGAUGAUGUAAACCUACAUGGUUACAACAAUAUGUCAUCUGGUUGUGGUGAACAGAUACAACUUGAAGAUCCGCAUAAGAAAGAACUUCUACACUGGCAAAUACCGCUGAGUCGUCGCUUCAGAGCAUUGAAGUUAUGGUUCGUGCUUCGUAACUACGGCGUAUCAGGGAUUCAAAAGCAUAUUCGUGAGGGCGUUCGUUUGGCUCAGAAGUUUGAAGCUCUUGUUUUGGCUGAUCAGCGAUUUGAGAUUCCUCAACCGAGGAAUUUGGGCAUGGUAGCGUUCCGUAUGAAGGGAGACAACGCUUUGACCGAACGGCUGCUGAAGCGCUUAAACGCCCGCGGCUUCAUCCACGCCGUGCCAGCCUGCUUUAAAGGAACAUAUGUCAUUAGAUUCACUGUCACCUCUUCUAGGACUACCAACCAGGAUAUCUUGGAUGAUUGGAAUGAAAUAAAGACUGUUGCAAAAGAAAUACUGACAGAUGUCUUUGGAUCAGAGGAUGGUAAUAUUGUCGUGCCGAAGAAACCUAGGAUCUCUCUGAAAGAAACGCGUGAGCUGAACGCGACAUUCGGUACCAGUCUUCUCUUAGCCAACAGCCCCAUGAGUCCUAAGAUCGUCAAUGGUACCCACGCUGCUAUUUGCGAUUACGAACAACUCCUGACUUCUUGCGCCCAUACCUUCGCUCAGUUGAAAAUGGAGCCUAAAGACAGCCCCGGAUUGAACAACGACAUGCCAUUUUUCUAUAAACUUGAGGAUCCAGCCCGGGAGACAGGUCCUCAUUAACAUCAUCACCAGUGACAUCUACCGGGACUAACAAGCAAGAAACAAAUUCAGACACGAACCAACUGCAAGUGCCUAUUGCUCCUUCUCGGCAGAGGUCUAAAUCCGUCGACGUGGCACUCUCCGGGCUUUCUUUAGACGAUGCUAAAAUCACUAUCGAUGUUAAAAACAAUGAAAUUAUAAUCACCCCAACAGCAUCCAAAGAUGUGGCCGAAGAAAUGACUUCUAAAACAGAUUAUAGAGAAAUAGAGGAGAAAUUAAACAUUGGGGAAAAAAUCACUCAGGCGUUCGAAAAUUUUCAAGAUGGGCUGCAAAUGUUGAGCGAGUAUAAAAAUACUGUUGAUAAAGAUGAUUCUAAUACUAAGUUGACUAUCAGAGGUCCUGGCAGUUAUAUUAAGAAAUUGAUACAACAGUUUAGUGAAGGGCCCUUUGAGACAGAAGACUCUAAGCCUGAGUCUGACAGGGCUAUGUCUACACAAAGUAUUAAGGAUAGGGCCGAUGCAAUCUGUAAAAAAUGCUUGCAUUACAAAGGAAAAAUUUCGAAGUAAUUUUUGGAAAUUUUUUAACAGUAUUUUUAUAUUAAGUUCACCUUUAAAGCAACUGUUUUAUUUUGUACGCUUAUUUUGAUAAAUAAUUUGUCUGGAUCGGUAGUCACGUGGAUAAUUUUAAUAUCUUCUUGCUUUUGUUACGCUAAAAUGUUAUAGUAUUUUAAGAAUAUUAUAUAUCUCAAGACUUAUUGUUUUUUGGAGGUAUUCCUCGAAGCGCCACCGUUUUGAGGCGCAACUGAUGACCAUUAUUAUGACUCGGAGCGGAGCGCACUUUUUAGCAGCACUCCCGAUUACAAUUACUACUACACGUAGCGCUUCGAGUAAUAAUGAAAGUGCCUCUUAUCUAGUGCGCCUCAAAACCGUAGCGCUUUAAGGAAUACCUCUUUUUUCAGAAUCAAUGUGAUUAUCACUUGUUAAACAUUACUUUAAGGAAUAUAGUUCUGUUAAAUGGUGACGGAUAAUAUUUUAAGUUAAUGCACAAUUAUUUUGCUUCUUGUAUUUAAAUAAUAUACUUUUGUAAAAUAUUUUCACACCGUUAUUAGUUAUUUUAAGUUAAUAAUAUAAUGAGAAAACGUAUCGUAUUUCCAUUAUAUAUACAAAUGUAAAUUAAUCAUGUAUAUCCAAAAAAUAUCCAUGUUUGUAAAACGAAAAAUGUAUCUCAUAUAUUCGAAAUACAUACGAUGUACUUUCGAAUAACAUAUUUAUGUAAUCCUCAUAAAUUUGAAAAAUAUUAACUAGUUAUUGAAUAAAAAUAUAUUAUAAGAUAUUAGUAUUGCUUAUAUAUAUUUAGAGAUAUCUUCUUAGUAGUAAAAACUCAUAAUUCCCUAAAAAGGAUAUUAAACAAAUUAUAUAUUAAAAUACCUAAUCUAAUCAUUGAAAUAAUUAAAUUCUACAGAAAUACCAAUAUAGAUAAAUAAAAAAUAUAUUGAUAUUAUAUUGUUCAAAUAUACUGCUGUGCAUUUUCAAUAAAAAAAUAUCAUGAUUGCAGUAGAAAAAUUAUAUAUUCAUGUUAAAAAAUUCAUAUUAUAUUAACGCUUACAAAUAUAAGCAAAGUAUAGGUAUAUUUAUAUUAUGUAUAUCAAUUAUUUAAGAAAAAUUUCUCCUUAUAUUUUUCUCGUAUAUGUGUACGCUUUAUUUUAAAGACUUUAUGUUUAAUUGAGAUAUAUUUUGCAAAUUAUUUAGGCUAAAAAUGAAGAGAUUAGAACUACUUACAUAAUAAUUCGAUGUUAUAUUUCAUAAUUAUAUCAUUAAUAUUGUUUAAAAAUUGUUACCUAAUUAGAAAUUAACUAGACAUGUAACUAUAUAAAUUCCGCUGAGAUUUAUAAUAUACCUAUUCUUAGAUCUGCUUAAGGGUGUGUCCUAAGUGAGCGAUAUGUUGCGAACGCGAAGCGACGCAGCUCUAUUUUCUCUAGAAGCGGGCAACGUGACGUAGCGCUUUAUGGCACUGCGUAUUAUAUCUUCCAAUUCGCCUUGCUUUCGUGCUCGUAAUUCGCUCACGUAGGACACAGCUUAUCUUUUCGCUCGUUAAUAGAGUUUGCAAAAAUAUGUUGAAGCUACAAAGUUAGUGAUUUUGCUUGAAUAGCAGUCAAAGGUUUAAAUAUUAUAAACGUGUACUGUACCAUACGUACUCUUAGGCAUUAGGCAAGUAGACACAAAAUGUAUAAACAUGUAUUUUAGCUUUAACUUUUAUGUGCAAUAAAUAUGUUAUGAAGCAUU